AUGCAGCACAAGCAUCGCGAGCAGGUGAGUACUGCGAGCAGCGAGCAGCUGGCGCUCACACACGAGUGCCUGCGUGCCAUGCUGCACAAACACCGCGAGCAGGUGAGUACUGCGAGCAGCGAGCAGCUGGCGCUCACACACGAGUGUUUGCGUGCCAUGCUGCACAAGCACCGUGAGCAGGUGAGUACUGCGAGCAGCGAGCAGCUGGCGCUCACGCACGAGUGCCUGCGUGCCAUGCUGCACAAGCACCGUGAGCAGGUGAGUACUGCGAUCAGCGAGCAGCUGGCGCUCACGCACGAGUGGCUCGGGUAG